AACACCAACAUCUGGUGCUGUCAAAAAUUGUCUAUGGUUACUUGAACUUGUCAGCAAAGAGGGUUCUCUAAAUUCCGGUAAAAAAUAGCAAAAAAUGUCGAAAAGGAUCGCUCAGAGCUCCGUAAACUGGGCCGCUUUGGCCGAAAGGGUUCCGCCCCACCAGAAAGGCAACCUUCUCGCUUUCAAAGUCAAGUCCGAUGGUUACCUUCGAAGGGUUCUUGCCAACCCUGCCGAGCCACCCAAGAUUGACUGGGCACUCUACAAGAGGGUUGUCCCUGUUGCUGGUAUGGUGGACAACUUCCAGAAGCAAUAUGAAGCCCUGAAAGUGCCAUACCCUGCUGAUACAUUGACUGCCAAGGUGGACGCGCAGUGGGUCGAGAUCAAGAAGGCGAUUGAUGUUUUCAUUCAGGAUUCCAAUGCUAAUAUUGCUAAGUACCAAAAAGAAAUCGAAGAGACCAAAGCAACACUGCCAUACGAUCAAAUGACCAUGGAGGACUUCCGCGAUGCGCAUCCCGAUAUGGCCAUCGACCCCAUCAACAAACCCACAUUCUGGCCUCACAAUGCAGAGGAACAGCUGGGCUACGUGGACCCGGACAGACAACACGCUUCCGGACAUUAAAACAGUGAUUAUAUGAAAAAUAAAUGAAAUUAGAUACAAAAAUGAUAGCUUCAUUUCAUCAACGAAGUUAUGUCAUGUUAUGAUACAAUUUGCGAUACUUUUAAUCUGCUCUGUAUAAUUUAUGUAGAAAUAAAGCGAAAUGUUUCCAGA